GUUGUUUAAAUACAUCAAUCAUUGAAUAAUAAUUAAAAAAAAGACAAGGAAAGGAUUUAUAUUAUUGAUUUCAACAAUUGGAUAUUGAUCAAAAGAGAGAAAAGAAAAAAAAGAGAAAGAUAUUUCGGUAACGGCGAGAUUCUAAUUUAUGGACGAGCCAAUCAGAGGCGUUUUGAGGGAAUUUUAGGUUACAGAGUCAAUUUUAGCACUCGGUGAUCACGUACAACUGGUUCACAGCUGAUUUUAGGGAAAACGUGAAAACUGAGCGGAUGCAACAAAUGGGAUUACUAAGAAGUUCCUUUAUUUGUGUUUGUGGUAGUCCAAUGAGUUGUAGACCUUGUGCUGACUACUGUGAUGAUGUUGUCUUUCAAUGUAAUAUGUGUUCGAGAAAAAGGUCUGCUAGAAUAGGAUUUUUUCGCUUGAUCCAGAUUGAGAAUAAGGCAAAUUAUGACAGUUAUUGCAAACUGGAUAAUAAAAGCAUCAAUAACACUGGAUGCAGCCAGGUACUACAAUAUAUACGGAUGAUUGGAGAGCGUACAGACUCCUACAUAGGCUUGGUUAUGUGUAUCGUGUCGUUGUCCACAAGUAGCAUUUUGUGCACUCAACAGCCGAAGUACUCAUAAACAACAUCGGGACUAUGUAGUCGAGGCUGAAAGGGUUUUUAAGACUUUAUCAUGGUUCCAGAGGUCGACUAUUCGGUAGCCAUAUUGAUGAUUUCCUCUACCAUAUUGCAUUACGAUUUUAAAACCUCUAAAGCUCUUUCUAACUUUAACAAAUUUUGAACCAUUUAAAAGAAGUGUAUCCACCUUAAUUCUAUGCUUUUGUAUAAUAUAAUUUUACUCUGUACUGUUUUCUGAUUGGCUAACAGUUCUCUAGGUCACUUGAGUUUCGUUCUAAGGUUGUCCAUAAAUUAUAGUCUUGCCGAUUACCGACAGGAAGAUCUUGACCUAGGUCACAUGUUAUGUAACGCUAGACAGUAAGAUGACAAUGUGACCAUGAAAGAACUGGACCUCUCUAGAUGAUGAUACCUUACCAGGUUACGCAGAUUCCCAGUAUGAGAUGUUACAAUUGGACCUUUAAGGAUGAGACUGAUCUGUUAUAGGAUUGGGACAUUUACAGUUAUUGAUUGAGAUCAUGAACCGAUUGAUGAUAGACCACCACCUUUGGAAACCUGGAAGCACUGGAUGGCCGAUCCGUCCUAUUGUGGGACUCCUCAACAGUGCGCAUCCACGAUCCCACUUGUGGGAUUCAAACCCAGGGCCUUCGGUCUCGCGCGCGAACGCUUAACCUACGGAACCACUGAGCCGGCAUCCAACGGCGUUAAUGUUUAACAUCAACCAAUCCACGAAACUGCGCAACCAUCUUCCAUUGUACUGAGGUAGAUACCUGUCUCUACCCGACAUGGAUUAGCUCCACUGGUCACGGCUUCUCACUAGAACUCUGAGAAUUCCCUCACGAAGCUGGUCACUAAUGAGCACAUGUUAAUUACAGUUAAUUAGUCACCAAUCUCAUGUUUUUUUAAGUUCCCGCAUCACUUAAAAAUUUGAAGUUCCUGAAUGUCUUAGAUAACUCAACUCUUUUUAAAGUAAAUUGUUAUGUAUUAUUCUUCAUUCAGAUAAUAUUUAUUUUCAUAUUUUUAUUCAUUUCUCAACAUUCAUUCGAUUAUUUCUUACUUUCAGAACUCGAAGUGUUAUUCAACAUCAGAAUAAGGAAUAGAUAAUGACAAAUAUGAAUAAUACAGUUUAUUUGAUCAAAUCAGAGAAUUUACCACAUUCAGAUCAUUCAGAUGAAACUAUUGAAAUGUGUAUAAAUCAUAAGCAUAGAUAUUCUGACAAUUUCAUCAAUGAAGAUAAUGAUGGACCAAGUCAAAUCAAACGUCAAUGUUUAUCAUCUAUUCACAGUUUAAAUUAUAUGACUGAUAAUAUAAAAACAAAACAUCAAUUUCAAUAUUGGCUUGUAUUUACUGUGGUAACAGCUGGUAAACAAGGCAUUGAAUUAGGAGCUGAUCAAACACCACUUAUUCAAUUCAAUGGAAUAUUAGGUGAUUUUUAUGAGAAUAAAAUUGUUGAUCGGAUCAAAAUCUCUAUUCGGCCUGAAAACUUUACACGAAUCUAUCGAUCUUCUGUAGAUCUAAUCAAUCAUAAAUCUCAAUUACAAUCAAAUAUUAGCACCAAUCAUGAAUUGAAAUUAGAUUCUUAUUUUCUAUCUCAUUGUAAUGGUUGCAAUAAUAAAAUCAAUGAGUUACCACCUAGUAACAUAGGGAAAUUUAUCCCUUCAGUUGAAUCAACUAAAUACACUUCAACAAUACAUGGUGUGAAUAUUUCUACAGAAGCAUUAGAUGCUGCUGGUUUACUGGAUAUUUCAGAAUAUGAAAUACAAGGUUUAAGCUUUAAAGAAUCAAUCAUUAAGAUUUCACAUUGGUUAAAAGAUCAUGGAGUACUAGAUGAUCUAUUGUCGAUUGACAAGUCUAAUAUCUUACUUAUUUCCGAAAAUCAUCAAUCUGUACGAAAUGUAAUACAUGCUGAAGCUGCCUAUCGUAAUAUAGAUCAUGAAUUGAUCAAUUGUUCACCUUGGUUGAUGUAUAUAGAUUUGAUUGAAUUUUGUCAACAAUCACUCUUCAAGUCCAAUAGUUCUAAUGAUGAUAAUAAUGUUAGUAAUAAUGGAAUCACUGAACAGAAGGAAAAUAAAGAACAUCAUCUUCAUAGCAUAUUUGAAGCUGCUCAUGCAUUGGAAAUUGAUUCAGAAGAGACUGAAGUAGCCGCUAUUAAAGCUGAAAUAAUGGCAAAUAUAGUAAUUGAAUUAACUAAGAAAGGUUACCAAGUGAAAGAUCCUGAGUAUGUACGUUAUAAUUAUGAACAUAAAACAUUUUCACGUAAAUUGAAAAUAAUGGACAGUCAAGUUGUUGAAAUACGUCAAGUUCCAUGGACUGCCACACCAGCUACAAUCGCUCAUUAUUUCACCGGUCUGAAUGUUCUUCCUGGUGGAGUAGCCAUUCGAUUGACAGAUGGACGACGCAGUAACACUGCUAUUGUUGCUUUCAAUGAUUCGAAGAAUGCUCAACUUGCAUUAGCAAGAAAUCAACAUCAUUUGUGUAGUUCGUUGAUGACAGAGAUUGCAAAUAAUACAUUGGAUGUGCAUAUUAUGUCGUCAUCCUCAUCAAACAAUCAUGUUACAGACAACAGUAAUCCCACCAAUCAAAGCUGUGUUAAUAGUCGUAGUGAGUGUUCGACUGAUGGUAUUCAACAGAUUAUAAGUGGUUCAAUGAAACCGAUGUACUUGCAAAUCUAUCCAGCUUCAGGGAAGGAAUUUGUUCAGUGUGCUGGAUGUGAUCAAGAAUCUGUUACAAAGUUUUUAAAUCAAUUAACAAAUGGUGAACAAGUUGUAGUACGUGUACGUGGUCUACCUUAUACAACAUGUAAAAAACAAAUUAUUGAAUUUUUCAAUAUUGUUCAAGCACCAAUUAUGUUAAAUGAACAAGGAAUUUAUUUAGUGACUUAUCCAGAUCAACGACCAACUGGUGAUGCAUUUAUUCUAUUUUCUAAUGAUAAUAUAGCAACUAAAGCAUUAACACGUCAUAAAGAUUAUUUAGGUGAUAGAUAUGUUGAAUUAUUUAAAGCAUCACCAUCUGAAAUGGUUCAGGUUUGUCAUAAUGUAACACUAUUUCAGUGUUCAUCAUCUGGACAAAAAACACAUUCAGCCUUAUCGAACAUCCAAUCUAAUGGAAUUAUAGGUGUACCAUUAAUAAAUGGAGGAACACAAAUCAACUGUUCUAACCUAGUCAAUUUUGUAAACAAUAGUAAUACUAACAGUAAUAAUAACAAGGAAACUUAUUUAAGCCCAGCUCUUACACAUUUGAAAUCGGCUAUCAGUACUGGAGCCCUAUCAAAUGUACAAAAUCUAUGGAAUUCUGGCACAAUCCCUUUGGGUUUAUCACAUAACUUAUUAACAUCAAGUGGAACAGGAUUGAAUUCAUCUGGCUUAAACGAGAAUGUAUUAUUAAAUAAUACAUUAGGAGGUAUAUCACCAUCUAUACCAAUGAUCUCACCAAACAAUACUUCAGUGAAUCUUAAUCUUUUACCAAAUAUACCUAUUACAAAUCCACUCAUACGUGACCUAACUGAUCCAACAGAUCCUGAUUGUCCAUUUGCAAGACCAAUGCCAAUUGGUGGUGCAUGUGCUAUGGUUCAGUUGAAUGAAUUGCCCAUGGAAACAUCCAGGCAUGAUAUUCGAUUGUAUUUGGGUCCAGCUAAUUUUGCAAAGGUUUAUCGUAUGAGAAGGAUGGAAACUAUUCCAAACAACACCACCACCACCACCAACACUAACGACAAUAAUCAUACAUCAUCAUGGUUAUUAUCAUUAAAGAAUAUAACUGAAGCUAUUCAAUUUAUUCAUGAUUUAAUUAGUAGACCAUUUACUAUUACUACAUUAUAUAGAAAUAAUCAACAAUUUAAAGUAUUAUCCAAUAUUCCAACAUUUGCAUUAUAUAAUAUUGAUAAUAAUGGUAAAUUAUCAAUUAUUGAUUUAUCAAAUAUAACAUAUAAUAUACCAAUACAUAGAAUCCAUAUGGCAUCAUUAUUAAAAUGGAAUAGAUCAAAUCAUUCCAAUUACAAUUGGUCAAGAUCAACAAUAAAAUAUCCGAUUAAAACAAAAAUGAAUGAUCAACAUAUAUUCAAUGCAAUCACUUCACCAAUUCAAUUAUCAGAUACAAAUUUACCUAUUAAAUAUACAUCUUCAUUCAUAAAAAAUUACAAUAUAGAUAAUUAUAUUCAUUCAAUCUCUAGUCUUAAUCUUUCUCCAACAAUAGUUACCAACCAUGAUUAUGAAAGUUUAUUGAUUCCUUCAUCCAAUUCCAUAUUAUCUAACAAUGUAGAUCAUUCAAAUGUUUUAUUAGAUUAUAAAACUUUAUCUUAUUUAAAUACUCAAUCAAGAUAUAAUUUGCCAAAUCUUACAGCAUCAAUGGUUAUGUUAACAGGUUUACCAAUUGAUGUAACACAAGAAGAACUUGAAUCAUUAUUUAAACCUGUUAAAAAUCUAUUGACGGCUCAACCAUACUUUAUACCAUUUCAAUAUCAUACAAAUGGAACAGCGAAUUUUUUAGCAAAUUUUAAUAAUCCAUUCGAUGCUCAAACUGCAGUACAUUAUUGUCCAAAUGGUAGUUUAAGAUCAAAUAAAUAUAUAAUAGGUGCAGCUUGUUUAAUACCAUCAACUAAUACAAACAAUGUCAAUUGCAUAACUUCAUCAUCAUCAUCAUUGUCAUCAUCACCAAUAGUGCCUAUUCAUACAACUAAUAUACUAAACUCUAAUCAUUUAAUAAACACUUCAAAUUUCUUAAAUUAUGAUUUUAUCAAUUCAGGGAUUUUUCUUUUACCAUCAACAACUUCAACAAUUCAACACAAUAGAUUACAAUGAAAUACAGAUUUUCUUGUUGCUUAUACCCUACGUUUACAUUACAAACUACGUUUGUGCUUAUAUAUAUAUAUAUAUUCCCCUGUCUUCCUAUCAAUUGAAUAGUUUGCUUUAAUUUCUUAAUGAACAAAUCAUUUGUACACACACACACACACACACACUUUUUUCCCCCCAAUUUGUGUAUAGUUGAAAGUUGUACUAGGGAUAAUUUGUUACAAUUCAGUUAUUUUUCUAAUCACUUUGUUUGUUUGUUUUCUCUUUCUUUAUAUUUAUGUAUAUUCUAAAAUAACAUUGAAGUGUUUUUUUUAAAAAAAAAAGAAGAUUAAGUUUUGUUUACUU